GGGGGAUUUAAUUGACAGACAAAUCGAGAGGGUUCGCUCUUUUAUUUUUUAUUUUUACUAAACAACAAUGUCAACAUCUAACGCCAAUUUUAAGAACAAGUGUGUGACCCAGGUGAACUGCAUCUUCUGUGAGAGUCUGCUGUGCACCAGAGGCAUGAAGGCAGUGCUGCUAGCAGACACCGAAGUGGAGCUGUUUUCCACGGAUAUACCUCCAAACAGAACUGUGGACUUUGUGGCCAGCUGCUACUCUACUGAGAGCUGUAGAUGCAAACUGAGGGACAUUGCAUGUCUUAAAUGCGGUAACGUUGUAGGCUAUCAUGUGGUAGCUCCCUGUAAACCCUGCCUGCUCUCGUGCAACAACGGCCAUUUCUGGAUGUUCAACAGUGACGCUGUGUCUACUCUCAAUAGACUUGAUGCGACAGGUCUAAAUCUGCUUCUGUGGGGAGAUCUUCCAGAGCUGGAUGACAGUGAGAAUGAAGAAUCAGAGAGACUGUCGGAGGAAGAGUGUAUUAGGUAAAGGGGGACGACGCAAAAAGAUGUGGGGACGAGAAGAGUGUACAAACC